CAAUUGAAUCUUGUAAUGUUCUCAUCAUUUCUAAGACUUUUCUUGUUGGUGGCAUUCGCCUGCCACGUUGUGGCUGAAGAGAAGAAUGAGAAAAUUCGCCACCAUAAACUAAAAUAUCAAUUUGGUGAUCGACAGCCACACUUUGGUUAUGUGAAGGGUCACAUGGCCAGUGAUCACAAGAAGCGUCAUCGUGUCCAAGAAACGACAGUCAAUCCAAAUGGCAAUAAUGAUAUCAAACUUGAUAAUUAUGUGGCACGUCUCUAUGUCAGGAAUAAGCUGAUAUGCAGUGGUCUUGUGGUCAGUAAUCGAACAGUGCUAACCACAAGUUUAUGCAUACUCAAUGUGCCUCUUGGGAAUAUUGAGCUAAAGCUGUUGGAUGGCACAAUUCACAAGAUAGUCAAUGUCACGGAUGGAAGUGAAUAUGCGAUUCAUACGGCCUCAGAAUUGGUGUCCUUGUUGAUCCUGGAUAAGGAGCUGCCCAAGACAUAUAUAAAACCGCCGCCAAUUUGUCCAAUUUACGUUGGCAAAAGCGAAUCAGUAGAGCUUUGGAAAUGGAAUAAUCACAAGAGUUUAUUGGUGAAAAAGUCUGUACGACAAAUUGACGAAAGUGAAUGUAAGCAAAUGAUCGAUGAUGCUGAAGGUCUUGUUAUCAAUAGUGCACUUAGUUGUGUGGAGAAUACGCGAAUAACGCAGGAAUGUGAGAAAACCUAUGGAUUGCCCUACGUGUGGAAGGGACACUUUUGUGGCCUAAAUAUCCUGGGUCACAACUGUCCCAAACAAAGUUUAGCUGAUGUCUAUGCCAGGUUGCUGCAGGUGAAGCGCUACAUUAGUCGAAAGCUUAACGAGGUGAGACUCAGCAAACUGGAGGAUGACUUAGCCUAAGAAAUAGAGGUUGCAAAUAUCUUUUAACGCUUUUAAGUUGUCUGUCAAAUAACAGUUAUGGUCGGACAUACAGCAUAAGCACAACAAAGUGUAACUUUCAA